GCCAACGUUUUAUCCAAGAACCAUGCCGAAAUGCAUGUGUUUACAAUAAUUAUAUAUACUACAAAUAAAAACACGUGUAGAGCUAAUUCAAGAAUCAAGUGGAGUCGUAUAAAAGGAGAGUCCCAUGUGCCAUUAUCGGAUAAAUCCCAUAUGGGCCCUAGUCUUUCAACAUUGUUUAGUCUCCCUCUGGGAUGUAUAUCGAAAUCCCAUUUCCUGCAGGAUGACAGACAUGUGGGAUGAUGGGGAGUCUAUGUCCCCCCCCUACCACCAGCCUCGAUGUCGUUAAAAAAGGAAGGAAGCCAGGCCCCGGCGUGUCGAGAUCGCCAAGUCUGUUGUUAGGAAAAUAAAACUCACACUCGGAAAAAACAAUAAGGUGCUUGAUGACUUCUCGCAAAUGCUGGGAAAGAGAAACCUGUGUGAUUUGCUGCUGGCGAAGGCAUUCGGAAUCAUUUAUUCAAAUUUAUCGGCUGGAAAGCAGCCUGCUGGCAGAGAUUUAUCACCUUCUCCUCACCAUAAACGAGAAUGAAUGGCACUAGCUCAAGCAUCCAGCCUCGAAAGCGACUGGAGAACUCAAAAUGAUUUUCUUCCUUGAGAAAAUGUGCGUGGCAUUCAAAGGUCUUCAGAGUGUGUACAGUGUGAGGACCAGGACAGGUCAGGGACAAACAGAAACAAAGAGGCAGAGAGAGAGCAAGGCGAGCACCACCACCAGCAUAGCAAGCGCUCGCCGAGUCUCUGGGCCCCCCUCCUCGCCACACGCCGCCUCGAGCAUCAUGGGAGACCCCAACCACUGCGGAGCUCGCUCUGUGACGUCACGGGACUCCACGAAGCCAUUGCCCAAAUUGCCGGUGCCGGAGCUGAGUGCUACUCUGGAGAAGUACCUGACCUUGCUGACCCCGGUCGUCGGUGCCCAAGAGCUGGAGAAGACGCGGCAAAACGUUGACGAGCUUUUGCGAAAGGGCGGAGCUGGCGAGGUUCUACAGAACUAUCUUCUACAGAGACAGGCAGACCUGGACAACUGGGUGUAUGACUGGUGGCUCGAUGACAUGUACCUGAAGAUCCGCUUACCUCUUCCCAUCAACUCUAACCCGGGUAUGAUCUUCCCGAGACAGCAGUUCUCCAGCGUCCAGCAGCAGUUAAGCUAUGCAGCCAGAUUUGUCUGUGGGGUACUGGAUUACAAGAUCAUGGUUGACAGUGGAACAAUACCAUUGGAGCGAUGUCGCUACAUGGAGAAGGGCCAGCCCCUGUGCAUGGAGCAACACUAUCGACUCUUCUGUUCCUACCGAAGGCCAGGCAUCCCUAAGGACGUCCAGCUGACCUCUCUAGGCAAAGACCGGUCGCCUUACAUCAUCGUGGCCUGCUACGGUCAGUUUUACAAACUACAGCUUCACCACGAAGGCACUGACCUCAAUGGACGAGAGAUCUACACACAGCUGAGCAGGAUAGUCACUGCAGCAGAAACAGACUCUCUCGGCGCUCCCUCAGUGGGUGUUCUCACAUCACGUGAUCGUUCCAAGUGGGCGCAGAGCAGAAUGAAACUCAUAGAAGACGCAGUGAAUGCUGACACUGACGUUAUUGAAAACAGUUUGUUUAUCCUGUGCCUGGACAAGCCAUCAAAAGUGACAUACAUUGUGCCUGGCCUGGAAGAAGACGAUAUUAACUCUUUGAGCCAGCAGAUGCUUCAUGGACAGGGAUCUUCGUCCAACACGGCCAACCGCUGGUUCGACAAGACAAUUCAGAUCAUCGUGGCGGAGGACGGUGCUUGCGGCAUGAACUACGAGCACUCCGUGGCCGAGGGCAUCCCCCUGGUGCAGCUGGUGGAGCACGCUCUGGCCUACCUGUCAAAGGAAGAUGUCGUCCAACGUUUCCACCAACAGGAACAGCGCGAUCUUCCUGAUCCCGUUCGGUUAAUUUGGAGGAUGACGUCAGACCUUCAGGCCGAGGUUGAUCAAGCGAGCGAUGAGAUUGAUGCGCUCAUCGACAAUUUAGAUUUCCAUGUUCUGAAGUUCAAGGGUUUUGGAAGGGACUUUCCGAAAAGUCAAGGGAUGAGUCCGGACGCCUUCAUUCAACUAGCGCUGCAGCUGACUUACUACAAACUGCACAAGAAGCUUGUUAUGACAUACGAGAGUGCCUCAUUACGGAGGUACAGAAAAGGAAGAGUUGACAACAUCCGGGCUAAUUCACCUGCUGCUCUCGCGUGGAUCCACGCCAUGCUGGGCGAAGUUGAAUCGACGAUAGAGGAAAAGUUUGACCUCUUUAAGAGAGCAGCGGAGUGGCAGCAAAAAUACCAAACAGAGACAGUACUGGGUGGCGGUAUUGACUGCCAUUUGCUCGGUCUAAGGGAGGCAGCUACUGAUCUGGGCAUCCUGCAUUCUCUCCCUUUCUUCUCCGAUCGAUCUUUUGCCCGUGCCCAUCACUUUUCCUUGUCCACUAGCCAGGUGCCGACGGCCUCCGACUCCUACAUGUGCUAUGGUCCUGUUGUACCAGACGGCUACGGAGUGUGCUACAACCCCUUUCCCAACUACAUCUACUUCUGUGUCAGCUCCUACUACAGCUGCGACGACACAGACUCGGGGAUGUUUGCUCACUCCAUUGAAUCGAGUCUCCUGCAGAUGCGUGAACUUUGUGAACAAGGCACUGCCAGUCCCGAUAACUCGUGAUGGGUGGAGUAGUCUCCCCUACUUCGUUUCGAUUGUAUUAGGGAAGUCAUCGAGACUUCAUCUCUUGCUGUUUCGAUGACCUGUUAAAAAGCGUUUAACGCAAUGCCUGACGCAUAAAUAUGCAGAAUCGUUGAUGCUAUAAAGAAGUUUAAACCAGUAAACAAACUUGUUUAAAAGUUGACAAGAUGCAAUACUUAUGACCACUCAAACAACAAAAUAUCAUCCAGAAUUUGUCAAAAGGGAAAUAUCCUAAUGGUGCUGUAUGCUCUUUCUUAUGCAAUGGCGGAUACACAGUUCCUUGAAUGUAGCUUUAAAAGGAUACGAGAAACGAGGAGAGAGUUUUAGUGAAGCUUUGACAAGUGUUCAGUACAUAUGGAGAUUCAAGAACUAUUUUGACUCCUGUACAAAUCCUGCAUUUUGCCCGCGUACUUUUCCAGCUUCAAAGUUCCCUUGAAUUUUUUAACUGGUAAAUCACUAAUCUUCCUUAGAAAGACAUUUAGGGAUAGUCUGCCAUUUUGCAAGAAGCUUAAUUGAAAAUCACUGUCCACAGAUCCUCAACAUGGCUCGCUGUGUACAAAUCAUAAGAUGCUGUAACUACAAACAGUUUUCAGUAUAAUAGUGAGCUAGCGAGUGAAGCAAAAACUUGAAGGCCAUCAAAGCUGGAUGUCCGUACCCUGGGUAGAUUCUUGCGCAUUGCUAUACACCCCGUAGACUGACAUGCACUUGUUUAUUUGCUGUCAGGUGAACAGUUGUGAGGAGAUGAGGGGUGAGUGUUUUAAACUUGGUCUGCGAUGUUGUUAAAAAAUAUUCCAUGGACACAAACCUGUGAUUGAAGCCAAAUCUGUUACAUUUCUGUUAUAGUUCCCUCCCCUUAAUGGCGCUUCCUCUCGUUUAAGAGUGGAAGCAAGGCAAUGAUGAUGUCUAAUUGUGUGUGAUAGAGAAACCGUUCUCAAUCGUGAUCAAAGCCGUUUAAAAUGUUCCUGUAAUUGUCUUUCAUAGAUUAAUAGUUGCUGAUACCAAAGUUCCCCAAGAUUGUCAGUACCCAGUAAGUACUAGAACAGAGGGUAACCUUUUAGGAGUUUAAAUAUAUUUACAUCUGUGUGUUUGUGAUAGUAAGGGACUUAGCAAAGUUACUACUUACAGUAGCUAGAUAUCGCAUGUAUAUCAAUAUACACAAUUAUUUAUCUUGUGAUAGACGUCUUUGUGAUUUACCGGAAGUCAUGACCACAUGUUAACUUAUUGUUUGUUAUACUUGUUAUUCUCUCGUACAUUCCACAACAGUACAAUGUGAACACACAAGUUGCGAAGUGAUCCUACAGAGGGAAAAGAAGAGAUUGUAUGUGUUAAUUUGUAAAUAUGUUGUAGUGCGUGCGUUGAUGCGUGCGCGUUUGUGUGUGUGUGUGUGUGUGCGUGUAUAUUUUAAUCUAUGAGAAUGAGUUUUAGUUGCAGGUGGGUGUGUGCGCGCUAUCGUAUGAGCUGUGAACAUAUGUGUGCUUGUAAACAGGCUUUUAGAAUACCAGAAAGUAGAUUCUGUUGCAAGAAAAAAAAAAUGUUAUUAAAAUAUGCGAUAUUAAUUAAAGUAAAUGCACAUAUAUAGUCUAUAUAGACGGGUCAAAAGUGCAUGUUGCUAAAAUAAACUGAUUAAAAACA